AGAUAUGGACAAUGGUGAAAAUGUUUCUAAUAUAGAGCUCCCAGCAGUUAAUAUCAGUUUUAUAGGAAGUGAUCCUGUAAAAAUUGAACUCUUAGAAGCUAGGAUGCAGGGUCAUCCUCUUCCUGGAAAGGAAUCAUCCAAUAACAUUCAUUAUUCGAGUAACUCUCAACAUUCUCCUAAUCAGGGAACUACAACACCCACGCCCUCUGAGGAACCUAUGAGCGACGAAGUCAGCACAGGAGGCGGAGUUUCAAUUGACCAGACAGAUCAGGAAGUUGUUGUAGUAAAAGAAGCCAAAGAAACGACAAAAACUCCGAAGCACAAAGCUCGGAAACGAAAAAUUGCAGAUGAAUCUUUUUCGGCGUCUAAAAAGGACAAAGAUAAAGACAAAGAUGGUAAAAAGAUCGACGAUUAUUUCAGUCGCAAUCAACCGAAAAUCGACCAAAAUACGCGGGUUGCUUUGUUCCACAAUCCUAAUUCCCCUGAAGCAUUUACACGUUGUCAGCCAGUACAAACGGAUUUAACAGGUUUAGUUCUUCAAGAGCAACAGCAAAGAUCUCUUUCAAAUUUGGAGGAGAGAGAUACUCAAAUUUACAGUUUGAUUCACCGGAUGGAAACAUCUAACCAAGAGAAUGAGCAACUGAAAAGCGAGUGUAAAAACCUACGAGAGUCUGUAUCUAGGUUCUCUGAUAUAAUCAGAGACCUGUUAAUUGAAAAAGCGCGCGCAGAGCGAAGAGAGACCAGAAGAUGCACUUUGGAGAAGAAACUGCGCCUAGGACAGUUUGUCAAUGUUCGGCAAGGUGCUACAUAUGUUGAACAGUGGCAAGAUGGGUAUGCUUUCAAGGAGAUCUCAAAGCGACAAGAGGAGAUAGCAAAGGAGAGGGACAUGAUGGAGAAAGAAAAGAAGUUGCUAGUUAAACAGAAGCCCCCUUCCACUGCAUCCCAGAACUCAGAGUCCUCAUCCACCAAGGCAAAUUCAGACAAGAAAGUUUCUCUGCCCACACUAACACAAAACGAAUUCCACGAGCGAGAUGAAAUUCUCAAAUUACGUGCAUUGUGGCUGCGUAAAGAAGAGUCGGAUCUAGCGACUGAGUUGGAGAAGAUGGAGCGAGAGAGGAAUGUACACGUGAGAGACCUGAAGAGACAGAAUGCGGAAGACGAGAGUCAGUAUAGAAAUUUCCCCACUCUCAACAACCGCUACUUGCUGCUGGAGCUACUCGGUAAAGGGGGCUUUAGCGAAGUGUACAAGGCGUUUGAUCUGCGUGAACAGCAAUUUGUAGCCUGCAAGAUCCACCACUGCAAUAAAGAAUGGAGAGAGGAGAAGAAACAGAACUACAUCAAACACGCGUGCAGAGAGUAUGAGAUACACAAACAGCUGUCUCAUUCAAGAAUUGUUCGUCUGUUUGAUGUGUUCGAGAUAUCACAGGACUCUUUUUGUACCGUCAUGGAAUACUGUGACGGAAAUGAUCUUGAUUUUUGUUUAAAGCAGUCCAAAAAUUUAGCAGAACGUGAAGCCAAAUCAGUAAUCCAACAAGUUGUUUCUGCUUUGAAGUAUUUGAACCAGCUCAAAAAGCCAAUCAUCCACUACGAUCUCAAACCGGCCAACAUUCUCAUGGGAAAAGACUCAAACGUAGGAGAAAUCAAAAUCACCGACUUCGGUCUCAGUAAAAUUAUGGACGAAGAUGCUUACAACGAUACGCAAGGUGGAAUCGAGUUGACGUCUCAAGGAACCGGAACCUACUGGUACCUCCCACCAGAAGUCUUUGAUGACGCAGCCCAGGGACCCGUUGUCAUAUCGUCCAAAGUUGACGUGUGGAGCGUCGGGGUGCUAUUCUACCAAAUCCUAUAUGGCAAGAAACCCUACGGACAUAACGAAUCCCAGGCGAGUAUCCUGAAAAACGACACCAUUAGAAACGCAGGACCAGUUGAGUUUCCGACGAAGCCAGCGAUAUCGCCAGAGGCUAAAAACUUCAUAAGGCGAUGUCUUCAAAGAGUCCACCAACGUCCAGACGUUUUGACUCUCGCCAAUGACGAGUAUCUUGUCCCUCCAAACAGAAGCUAUAGUAGGUCCUCCUCAAUCAACAGCAGUAGCAAUAAUAACAAUAACAACAAUAAUAGCAGCAACACGUCAGCUGGACAAAGUCUAAACACCAGUGGAAAUGCCGCUCAUAAUAGUGCAGUCGUGAAUUCAGCGCUUUCCAUGAUUAACCAGUCGGGAUACCUUGGCGGAAACAUAACGUCGCCUGGAAUGGCAGCCGGCGUGAACAAACAUCAAUCGCAGUUGAACAACAACCUUAGUGGUGCUACGAACCCAGUCUACCCGAACUUGAAUGCAGUUGAGAAUAAUAUGCCCCAAAUGGGGUCAAUUUAUGGAAACCCAGUUCCAGGAACAGCUGGAAGGAACUCGAAUGUUUACGUCACUACUACAACUGAUUCAUCAAUGUCGGGUCAGAACUCUUCCACGACAGCAAAGAACGUUCCUAGUUUUAUGUCCCAAACGGCCCAACAAAAUCAACAAGGAAGCAUAGGUUUCAACCAUAUUACGUUAGGAUCUCAGGCAAAGACAGUAGCAGCGACUGCCAACACAUCAGGAGGCACUCCGCCGAUGUUGUCUGCAGGAACAGUCCUCAUUUCAACUAAACCCAAUGUUCUAGUAGCCCAUAAUGCAAAUAAUAACAAUCAUACAGCAAAUGUAGCUAACGCGCAAUAUGUCGCUACCGCCAACGGAUCAACGCCUCACGUUUUUUCAGCCAAAUGACGACCAAAUUCAAGGUCACCUGUAAUUUAGUAGCUCCUAUAUUGUGAUUAAUGUCGUCUAUAUGACUGUUGUAUGGCUAAAAAAGAGAUCUGGAUCAGCCAAAUCCAAGCUUCAAUUACCUAUUUGACGCACUGGAUUAUGAGAUGUAGCUGAACGAUUAGGUUUGUUCAUGUCUCCUGUCCCUCCCUUAAUUCCUCCCACCUUCUUGAAUGGAAUUUGUCCCCCCAGACGAAGGAUUGGAUUCCAGCAAGAAAAGUGGACGUAAUGUUGAAAAUAGCUGAUAAAUAAACAAUGAUCACUUCAGACUCGAGUGAAUUUAGUCUGUUGUAUUCUUUGUGAUAGAUUAAGUUUGAAGUAUUUUUUCUUAAGAUUUUGAAUGAUGUUUUCUUUUCAAAUGAGCCACGUUGAUUGACCUGAGAAAGAUUCAAAACUCAACUCAGAUGAUGAUCUGCUAUUACUUUCU